AUGCUCAAGCGGCUUGCGCGCACAAAGCAGCCAACAGCGCCCUGGAUCUGCCACCGCUGUCUCCACCAGUCGCAGCGCCAACGACGCUUCAACUCGACUUUUGCUGCUGCUGCCACCGCCCCCUCCAAGCCACGCGACCCUGCGCCGCCACUCCACAGUCUCCCUACCAGUACAAAGACAGAUGACGACGCCCUCCGCAAGGUUUUUGACAGCGCCUCGUUCUGGGCGGGCUUCAAACGAACACCGCAAAAUGGCCAGCCCGCCGGCAUCAUCGGCAACAAAUACCUUACGCAUCCUGAAGGCUUCGUCGACUUUGUUACCAUAACCAUCCAACGCUGCAAUGCCGUUGUGCAAAAGGUGGCAGCGGCGCAGUCGGUCCAAGACUACAAGAACAUGGUCAAGGACCUCGACAAGCUCAGCGACCUGCUAUGCAGGGUCAUAGACUUGGCCGACUUUGUGCGAGGCACCCAUCCAGAUCGCAAGUUCCAGAUCAUGGCAGUCAAGGCAUACUCGACAGUCUUCCAGUACAUGAACCAACUGAACACCACGCCAGUACUAUACGACCAGCUGAAAAAAGGCUCAGAGAUACCGGAGGUGUACGAGGCUUGGAGCGAGGAAGAGCGCAUCGUUGCGAGGAUAUUGAUGGAGGACUUUGCGCGCUUUGGCAUUGGGCUGGAUGAUAAGACACGAGAGAAGCUGGUGGACCUGAGCGGAGAGAUUGCUGAAGUUGGAAACCAGUUUGUCGAGGGUAUGGCACCAGAGACACUGACUCUACGGUUCAAAUCCACACGGUUAAAAGGGUUGGACCCGAAUAUGGCAAAGGCUCUGACCAAGUGGGGAGAAACAAAGAUUUCCACAAUGCAUCAUGAGGCGCAAUCUGUGCUGCGGUUUGUCCAGGACCCAGAGGUGCGCAGAGAGACAUAUCAAGCUGUCCGCACAGCAAGCAAGCCGAGCAUUGCACGGUUAGAGAAGAUGUUGAAGCUGCGCGCCGAACUGGCCCAGACAUCAGGUUACGAGACGUUUGCGCACAUGACGCUCGAGAAUAAGAUGGCACGGACACCGGAGGCUGUCAAUACGUUCCUGAAAGCAUUAUAUGAGGACAGUCGGCCGGCUGUACUUGCCGACUUACAGGAGUUGAUGGAGCUGAAACGAGGAGACGCUCACCGGUCCAACUUUCCAGAUCGCAUCAAUGCCUGGGAUAAGUUCUACUACACACAGAAGAUGCUUGCGACGAUGGAGGGCCAUUAUAGGCAGCGCACCCCAGAUUCACUGUCUGCAUAUUUUUCUGUCGGUACCGUCCUACAGGGAAUAUCUCGGCUCUUCGACCGUCUCUACGGCGUACGCUUUGUGCCAAAGGAGACUCAACCGGGCGAGGUGUGGGACGAUGGAGUUCGCCGCCUCGAUGUCAUAUCUGAUACUGAAGGCCAUAUUGCGGUACUGUAUUGUGACUUGUAUUCUCGUCCUGGCAAGACGCCCAACCCAGCGCAUUUCACCCUGCGCUGUAGUCGUGAAAUUUUACCCUCGGAAAUGGAAGAAAUGGCCCAUAUGCAGCACCGCUUCUCUUCGCCCAUUGAAGCCGCAACCGAUGGCAUGCCAGUAUCUUACAAUGCCCAACGGCAAAGUUAUUUCCAAUUACCGACUAUCGCCCUGAUUUGCGACUUCAGCAAAGCGUCUCAUUCGCAGCCAACGCUCCUCAACAUUCACGAUGUACGCACUCUGUUUCACGAAAUGGGUCACGCUCUCCACUCUAUCCUGGGUCGUACAGCUCUGCAGAACGUCUCUGGUACUCGCUGCGCUACCGACAUCGCUGAGCUGCCAUCUGUCCUAAUGGAACACUUUGCCUUUUGCCCACACGUCCUCUCCCUGUAUGCCCGCCACUGGGAAACAGACGCUCCAGUGCCUAUGGCUGCCCUUGAGUCCCGCCUCGCAAUCGACAAUCGAAAUCAGCACGCCGAACUCGAAUCGCAAAUCUUACUUUGCAUGCUAGACCAAGCUUACCAUUCCCCCAUCGCCGCAGACCCAAACUUUGACUCGACCAAGGUUUACCACGAUGUAUAUAAUAAGUACGCGUCGGUUCCUGAGCCCGCUGGUACAGCUUGGCAGGGCUUCUUUGGCCACUUGUAUGGAUACGGUGCUACGUACUAUUCUUAUCUGUUUGACCGCGCCCUCGCAGCUAAGAUCUGGAAGGAUGUGUUUCAACACAAUGGCCCAGAAGGCAGCUUGGAUAGAGAAAACGGUGAGUUGUAUAAGAACGAGGUGCUCAGAUGGGGUGGUGGAAGAGAUGGCUGGCAGUGCCUGGCUGGCGUACUUAAAGAUGAGAGGCUAGCGGAGGGCGGCGAGCAGGCCAUGCAAGAGGUAGGGAAAUGGGGGAUCCGGGAUACAGGGAAGUAG